AGUCCAUUAAAAUCAUCACGUUAUCCACUUCACUUCCGUCGCAAAGGGGACAGAGACGACGGACGCCUCAUUCUCUCCGGCCACCCGCCGCCGCCGCCUCCGGAAUCCAUGAGCACAGGCGCAAGGUUCCUCCAUCCUCCCGCCGUCGUCCCCUACGCGCGACCUUCGACGCGCCGCCGCAUCGCUCAUCCUCGCUUUCUUCGCUCGACCGAAAUCCGCAGCAGAGUAAGACGAUUCCGACUUCCGGAAGUGGCUUCGGUCCCGUACGAACCGAUGAAUGUGGAGUAUUUGGAAGAGGAAUUCAACGGGCAGGGGCACGGAGUCACAUUCGAAGGAAUCGGCGACGAAUUGGUCGCGAAAUUGCGGCUGGAAAACGGAGGAUCCGCGAUUCUGAUGCUCCCGAGCGGAUUAAUCACGUCGUACAAAUCUCCGAUGUGGCAUGGAGGAUCGAUUGAGAUUCUACACUCUUCGGUAUCGGAGUCGGAGGAGAACGGCGGCGGCGGCGUUGUUCGAGGAGGCGUGUCCGUAGCCCUAGCCCUCGACUGCGGAGAUAAUCGAUUCGACGCUGUUUCUUGGGCUCUUCAUGAUGUUAGAGGAAACCCUAGCGACUCAAUUCAGGUCGAGCUGAGGAGCAGAGUUUCAGAGGGCAUGGUGGAGCUGAAAUACUUGGUAACUCUAGAAGAAGACCUAUUAACAUCUGAACUAACAGUGUCCAACAAUAGAGAAACGUCCCUAGAUUUGAAGGGCUGUAUUUUGAGCCAUUUGACAGUGAGCACACCAGAGGCAACCUACGCCAUUGGACUGGAAGGGUCAGAGUUCCAGAGGAGGCCAUGGCCACCAUUAUCAUCAAAUUCUGCCAUUGUCCCUCCAGAUUAUGGGCAGGGCAGUGGCAGUGGCAGUGGCAAUGCCAAUGGAUUAUUGGGCCAAACACUCAAAGGGAUUCUUCCUGGUUGGGGCAGAAGCAGAAGCAGCCAAAGAGAGAGUGAAGAUGAGGAGUCUCUGGGGGAAGAGACAGACAACUACAAGCAAUUGAUGGAGCAGAUGAGCAGAAUCUACACCAAUGCUCCACGGAACUUCACGAUCAUAGACCGGGGAAGGAGAAACUCUGUGGUGGUGGGGAGAGAUGGAUUUGAUGAACUGUACAUGUUCAGCCCUGGAUCAAACCAUGUCUACUAUGGAGAAUAUUCUUACAUAUGUGUUGCUCAGUCAGCCAUACUCAAACCAAUCCUCCUGCAGCCUCAACAAGUAUGGACUGGCUCUCAACAUUUACACAACCCAAAUCUCUACUAGCUAAAAUCUCCUCACUCCUAAAAACUUCCAAGGAUUCAAUCCAGAUUGUACAAAAAACAAAAAGGAGAAAAAACAGGUGUAGAAACUUUGACAGUCAAGAGAUUCAUUGACCACACUGAAAUGUGCUACAUCGAGUCAUUUUCCAAAACUAUCUAAUAGGAUUUGCUUUCUUUUUCUGA